AUGAGGGGUCCUCAGCUGGUGUACCAGCCCUCGGUGCCACAGAUGCAGAUAGCGCAGGCACAAGGUCCAAUGCCACAUCCAGCACCUCGUGUUGUGACCACCAAGACGGUCCAUGCACCGACAGUGUGGAGGCCACAGGUCGCGCAGGUGCAACAAGCCUAUCCAUAUGCAUGUGACGCACCGAUGAGAGUGUCUCCGGCAGUCAGCGUCGGGCAGCCUCGGAAAGACGCUGCCAGCCAGAUACGACCGGCUGUCGCUGCGGAGGGCCAUGUCGCUACCGAUGCCAUUAACGGCAAGUCGUGGCCUGUUACUUACACGAGGACCGCACCGUGGACUGGCCGGGUUCCAACCGUGUAUGUUCCACCAGAGGUCUCGGGUGCCUGUGUAGCGAGACCUGCGCAGGCAGCGCUGCCGCCUGCAAACCGCAGAAGUGCAUGUGUGCUACCGCGACCAGAGCUGCUUUCUGCUCGCGAGGCCGUGCCCAAUGGAAGCACAAAUACGGCACCUGCUGCUGGUCUUGGAUCCGGGCCUCCUCGAUUAGAACAUGGAGUUCCUGCGACGGACGAAGCUGGCAUGCUGAUCAUCCCCAGUGUGCGGCCAAUGAACUCAUCAGCACCGGCAGAUGCGACACUGUUAUCGGUGUGGCCUGGCUUGGAAGAUGAUGAUGCGGAUUUCCGCGAUGAGCGGUCCGCAAAGCCACAGGGGAGCUUACCCAAGAGUCGUGGGCAGCUUACAACCGACGAGCGGCUAGCCUAUCGUGAGCUGCAGUUUGUUGAGCACCUGGGUUCUGGCGAGUUCGGGCAGGUUUUCCGUGGAUUCUUCAAAGGGCAGGAGGUUGCCAUCAAGCAGCUCUACUGGGACAACACGGUCCUGCCACAGGUGAUCAUCCAGGACCUCACUCGCGAAAUCGAGUCGUUUAGGCAUCUGCGCCACAAGCGCCUUGUGAACUUCAUCGGUGCGUGUUUGGAAAUACCCAACUUGUGCAUCGUCACAGAGUAUGCCCCCGGCGGGUCCCUUCAUCACCUCCUGCAUGUUCGCAAACUGCAGCUCCCGCUGCUCCACUGCACCAAUAUGUGCCUUCAGCUGGCAGAAGGGGUCGUCUACCUCCACUCGCAGAAUCCUAUCGUCGUGCACCGGGACCUGAAGAGCUUGAACGUUGUCCUGGACCUCAGCCUGAACCUGAAGCUCUGUGACUUCGGACUCACCGAAUCCAUGGAAAGGACGCACAUCACGAAGAAGAACAACGGCGGCUCGCCUCGCUACAUGGCUCCGGAGCUUUUCGACAGCAAGUCCAAAAUCACAGAGAAGGUGGACAUCUGGUCCAUGGGCUGCAUCUUCACGGAGAUCAAUGGUGGACCAUUACCGUACGAGGGUAUCAACACUCUCGCAGAGCUCACAAGAGCGAUGCUGGUAAACAGGAGGACCCCGGUGAUUCCUCCCACGAUCCCGCCAGUGCUUCAGGCAGUCAUCUCCGGCUGCUAUCAAUUUGACGGACGCUUCCGCCCUUCAGCACGGCAGGUUUACGACCAGCUCCGUGAGGCCAAAAAGAAGCUGAAAGCGGAAGGCAUCCUUGACAAGGAGGUGCAGCAAGACUAG